CCUGUAGGCUGUGCUUGCUGGAGGAAUGCCUGCAGGGCUGGGACCAUCAGCUCUCCUGCUCCACUCCCAGGGCAGCCGCUCUCAGGAAGGAGCUGACAAUGGCUAUUUUUUGUUAAGGCCUCUCUCCGUGGGUGCGUUAAAGGCAUGGCAGAAAUCAGUCUGGCUUUGGGGCAUAUGUGCUUUACUUCAGUCCUGUCACAUCGUCAUUGCAGCUUCAGGGUCCUGCUAGGCUCUACAAACACUGCAUGAAACCAUUCCCUAACUAAUCCUUGAAGCCUGAAUAAAAAGCGACAAGGAAAGGACCCUUCCAAAAGUUACAAAAGCAUGGAGGCAGAGGAAACUUCGUCUUUGUGGCUAAGGAUUUCUCUAGAGACAACUGAAAAACUGAGUCUUUAUAAAGCAUCUUGUUCUCUUGGGAUAAAGUCUUCAAGUGUUUGAAUGCUGCUUGCCUAAAACAAUGCUGGAAAUACCUCAGGAGGAGACUGGAAAGAAAAGUUUUAUCACAGCCCUGGUUCCAAACCCACUUGCUUCCCCAUGGCCUGAGCCACAACUGAUAAGCAAGGACAGGGCUGAACGGCAUCUAAUCAUCUAUUACAAAAGAAAAAUAGUGCAGCUCAAAAGGGAUUUUUACCUGCUGCUACAUAAAUCUUCAUGCAGUUUCUCUGCUUGUCUAGAAGGACAGGAAUUUCUUUGCAACCAGAAAAAAAGAUGUUGGCUGUGCCUGUAGCAUGCCCAGCUCAGCAGAAGGGAAAUGCUUGUUCAUUAUUUGCAGCCAUAAUUAGUAUGGGACACUAGUUAAAGGAGAAGGUGUUUGCUAAGCAAUCACCCAGUGAGAUACGAGGCUCUGGGAGCAGCAUUGGACAGCGCUAGCUGGAAGGAAUGUGGUCAUACAGGAAAGCAGGGCAAAGCACCACCAGACCUGCUCUCGCUGGUGUUUGGACCUUCCAGCUCAUCUGGGGGUGAAACCUGCAGCUCAGCCAGAAGGGAGGAGUUUCUGUGCUGCUGAGACAAGGGCAGACAAAGCCCAUUUGUUGCCUGAAUGCUGCAGAAUGGCCUUCUUUGGCAAAAUGUAGAGGUAGCCAAAACCCAGCCUGUGCCCCCCUGAACCUCAUGAUGGAAGAUGAUCCAGCACAAAGGUGAUGGUGCAACAGUUGCUCUUUGGAUCAUCCAGAAAUUGGAGCCAGUCUGUGAGAUUUAAGAAAGUUUAUGCUGUAUCAGACUUUCUCAACAGAAGAACCCCAACUCCUUCUCACAAUGGUUUAAAGGCUGUGCUGAAGACUGCCUGGAUGACAGACCUGCUUUGAAGCCUGUCAACCCCUCUGCAGAGCACCUCUCCUGUUAGGAACUGAUGUCCUGGAGAACAAUGGCUGGGAGCAGGGUGAGGGGCUGUGCUGUGCUGUGCUAGCAGCCUUUGAUCACACCUGGCACGUGUCCAACCAGAGCCUGCUUGUGGGCACUGCUGGCUUUUAGCAUCUCUGAUCACAUCACACUGGAGUAUAGGAACCGUGCUUUGCUUGAAGUUGUCAGCUGGUCUCAGGAGCCCACAGGCCCACUGCUCAGCUCUGCUCUACUCUUGGGAUGAAUCAGAAGCUGAAUUUUCAAAUGUUCUAAAAGCUAAUUGUUUGCACAAGAAACAGUCCCCAGCAUUGCUCCUCAAUGGAUUGUCAGGAAAAUGACUGCACAGAUUUUGAAUUCUGAUGGAAAUGUUGUCAGUGCUGUUCAAAUGGUGAAGCUGCACACAAACACGGGCAUGGGAUUGAAGAAAUGAGGAGGAAGCUUGAGGUUGUGAUGGUUUCAUUUCUGUGAAGUUUAAGCUCAGGAGAUUUCACUUUGGGGUUUUGAAAAGCCUUUAUCAGCUGCAUGGCUGAGGGGCUGUGUCCCGGGCUCACAAAUGUCCCAAGCAAUCAAUCUGUCAAGCCAAGUGCUGUAAACACGUCAGGAAAGCUGGUGCUGAACAGGAAUUGAUAAUGACAUCCUUAAUAAAAUCCAGAAGAAAAACAUUUGUGUGCACGAAGAGAAGAUGUACAGGGGCUCCUUUGAUACCACACUCAAGGGAUGCUGAACGCCGCAGGUGGGAGUGGUGACUGGGUGAGUUCUCCGGGAAGGUGUGUGACCCAGCCUGCUCCAGAAACAACCUGGCACUGAAGGCGUUGUUGGGAGGCGUUUGCCUUUCCACGCCGUGCCAAACUCAUGAAGAAACUCAUGUGUGGGACCAUGUUUCAGCUGCAGACACGCCAGGGCGGGACUGACGGAGGCAGAUUGUGUCUGUGGUUUCCAAUUGACUUCCACUGCUGCUUUUCUGAGGAAAACAGACCUGGGAGCUGGGAGUCUUCAAGCCUGGGAGCUGGGAGUCUUCAAGUCUGCCUGUGGAAUUGGAGCUGGAACUUCCAUUCUGCCCGUGUAGGUGUCCAACCCCUCCUGCCACCGGAGAGGACCCCACGUGGAAUAAGGAUGAUUGCUCGGCUGUUAACCACGGAAGAGUCUGUCUGUGAGGAUAUUGCUGUGCACAGAGGUGUCCCUGUUCCCCUACCAUGUACAUACAGUGAAUGAUUUUUGUUUUAGCUCCUCUGUUCCUGACCCUCCCAGCUGUGUAAAUGCUCACAGGGAGUCAACUCAAAGUCACCCUGGGAAUCGCUGAAGCUGUUCCGUGCAGGAGGCACUGCUGAGAUUCCCCUCGCAGCGAUGGACUUGGAUAAACAAUCCGUAUGGGGAUCCCUGAAACAGAAGACCCGGCCGUUCCUGCGAAACCUGAGCGUGAGGAAGACGAAGAAGAGGUCAGUCAAAAUGCUGGAGAGGAAGGGCCGCUCCUUGGACCGCUGUCUCAGUGUGUCUGUGCCUGACAUGCUGGAGGUGGAGACUCUCAUGGAAGAAGAAGAAGAGGAGGAGGAAACGACUUACUCAAGUGCUCAGGUGUUGUCGAGCUGCUCCCCCAAGAGCUUCUCCAGGUCUGUGGUGUCCCUGAGAAGCAGGAACUCUUCGGUGAAGGCGGCGGGGGAGGACUGGCUGUGGGCGUCGCAGCAGGGGACGCGCACGGAGGUGACAGUCACCCCCCCAGACACGCAGGCUGUGGGCAUUCACCUGCUGUCCUUGCGAGGAGCUGAGGCCGUGGGCAGCCCCGUGUCCGAGGGGAAGAGGAAACCCAGCGAGGACCUCUUGGAGCUGCUGCAGGGCUCCCGCCUGAGCGACGAGGGCACAGAGUACUCCUUUGGAGAAAUGGAUUUUGACUCUUCCCUAUCAUCUCAAAAUUUUGAUGAUCAAAUGGCUCUGGAGGAAGCAAACGACUGCCUGAGCGACCUGCCCAGCCCCUUUGCCUACCUGCUGACCAUCCACCUGAAGGAAGGCAGGAACCUGGUUAUCAGGGAUCGCUGUGGUACAAGUGACCCGUACGUGAAGUUUAAACUGAAUGGCAAAACACUCUACAAAAGUAAGGUAGUCUACAAGAACCUCAACCCAGUUUGGGAUGAAACUGUUGUGCUGCCCAUACAGACCCUCGAUCAAAAACUCUGGAUCAAGGUGUACGAUCGUGAUUUAACCUCUUCAGACUUCAUGGGUUCGGCAUCUGUAGCGCUCACUGAACUUGAACUCAAUAGAACUACUGAACAGGUUUUAAAACUGGAAGAUCCCAACAGUUUAGAAGAUGACAUGGGAGUGAUUGUAUUAAACUUGAGUCUAGCAGUCAAGCAAGGAGACUUCAAGAGAAAUAGAUGGUCAAGUCGAAAGAAACGAACUUCAUCCAAGUCGAGUUUCACGCGGAGCAUGCGGCUCUCGGAGUCUCUGCGCAAGAACCAGCUGUGGAACGGGCUGGUCACCAUCACCCUCUUGGAGGGGAAGAACAUGCCCAGAGGGGGCUUGGCUGAGAUUUUUAUUCUCCUCAAACUGGGAGAUCAAAGAUACAAGAGCAAGACACUGUGUAAGAGUGCAAAUCCUCAGUGGAGGGAACAGUUUGAUUUUCACUACUUCUCUGACAGGAAGGAUAUAUUGGACAUUGAGGUGUGGAGAAAGGAUAACAAAAAGCACGAGGAGCUUUUGGGAACGUGCCACGUUGACAUUACUGCCCUGCCAACAAAGCAGACCAACCGCUUGGAGCUGCCUCUGGAGAAACAUCCAGGGUCCCUGCUGAUGCUGAUUGCUGUUGCCCCAUGCACAGGAGUCUCGAUCUCUGAUUUGUGUGUCUGUCCUUUGGGAGACCCCAAUGAACGGCAACAGAUUUAUCAACGUUAUUGUUUAAGGAAUUCCUUUCGGGACAUAAAGGACAUUGGCUUCUUACAAGUCAAAGUUUUAAAGGCAGUGGACCUGAUGGCAGCAGAUUUUUCAGGCAAAAGUGAUCCUUUCUGUGUCUUGGAGCUGGGAAACGACAUGCUUCAAACACACACCGUUUACAAGAACCUCAAUCCUGAGUGGAACAAAGUUUUCACAUUCCCUAUUAAAGAUAUUCAUGAUGUUCUGGAAGUGACUGUGUUUGAUGAAGAUGGAGAUAAACCCCCUGAUUUCCUUGGAAAAGUUGCCAUCCCUCUACUGUCUAUUAGAAACGGUAAACAAAGUUGUUACACACUGAAGAAUAAAGACUUGGAACGUGCUUCAAAAGGAGUAAUUUACUUGGAGCUGGAUGUCCUGUUUAAUCCUAUAAAAGCAAGUAUUAGAACAUUCAAGCCCCGAGAAAAGCGCUUUACUGAGGAGAACCGCAAAUUUUCUAAAAAGAUCUUAUCAAGAAAUGUUGAUCGCGUGAAAAAAAUCACCAUGGCAAUAUGGAAUACAAUACAAUUCCUUUGGAGCUGCUUUCUCUGGGAGUCCACGGUAAAGAGCCUGAUAGCAUUUGUGGUAUUUAUGAUCACAGUCUGGACCGUGGAGCUGUACAUGGUGCCCCUGGCUUUGCUGGGGCUCUUUGCCUACAAUUUCUCCCUCGUCACAACAGGGAAGGUCAAUAAUGCCCAGGAUGCCCAGGAGCUUAUGGGCUUGGAUGAAGAUGAAGAUGAAGAUGAUAAGGAAUCUGAGAAAAAGGGGCUAAUUGAGAGGAUCCACAUGGUCCAAGAGAUCAUCAUAGCUGUUCAAAGCAUACUGGAAGAAAUAGCAUCGUUUGGAGAGAGGAUUAAAAACACAUUCAACUGGACGGUGCCUUUCCUCUCUGUCCUGGCCUGCUUGGUCCUGGCAGCAGCAACAGUUAUUUUGUAUUUUAUACCACUGAGGUACAUUGUUUUAAUCUGGGGCAUAAAUAAAUUUACUAAGAAGCUUAGAAAUCCCUAUGCCAUCGACAAUAAUGAGCUACUAGAUUUCCUCUCCAGGGUACCAUCUGAUGUUCAAAAGGUGCAGCACGCUGAAUUGAAACCAUCCAGCGGCUCCAGCCCCAUCAGGAAGAAGCGGAGCGCGCUAUAGGAUGCGGCGAAGUUCGGGAAUGCAGCACCUCCCUGCCUGCACCCGUGUGCACACACAGCACCCCUCCCAUCCUCCUCGCCUCAGAACAACACUAGAGUCACUGCCACAGACUUUCUCUUCCUGGGAAGAUGUGGUCUUUUGAUAAACACCUGUCUUGGGUUUCUUUUCUGGGUUGUCUUUUUUUCGGCAUGGAAUCCCAAAAAAGAGCAAGGUGAAACGUGAAUUUAGUUUAUGGGAUGGAGAGGAGACUGGGAGAGGAUGGUGCAACUGCACCUUUUCUUUUUCUUUUUUUUUUUUUCCCCAUUUGAUUGCAGAGACAAGGCUGGAUGUGGCAGCACUCCCUGUGUUAUGUAGGAAGAGAUAAUUCUGCUUAGUGUAGCAGAUCGGCUGAGCUGAUGUGAAGAGAUGCUCUGAACCAGUUUUUAACAUAUCCAACAGAUUUACAUUAAGAUAUGAAAGCUAUUCUUUUCUAAGUUAAAUCACUGUGCCUAGAAAGGUUUAAGCUCUGAAUUAACGAGUCUUUGAUACCCAUCUUCUGUUCAAGCAGUGUACAUUUUAAAAAGUUUUUUAUCAUAAUUAGCAGAAAGAGCUAGGAGCUCCAAGAGUAUCUCAAUAUUUCAUCCAGCACUUGUGGGUUUUCUUUUUCCUUUCUUUCUUUUUUUUUUUUUUUUUAAAGACCAGCCUGUGGUUAACUCUUUGUAUUCUGGAAUCAUCAGAGAUCCAUUGCUGGCAAUGGAUGCAUGGAAACUUUAUGCCAUGAAAGGAUUUAGAGAAAAGGCUAACUCAGUGACCUGAAAAGACUCUGUUGGCUUGCCUUUUAUAAUUCCAUCUCAUCAGAUAUCUUCAGCAUAGCUGUUGUUUUCCUGUCUAAAUCCAGAGGGGUCAACACUACAGAUUCAAGAGGAAAAAACCCUGCUCUAUAGCCUUAAAGAAAAAAGUGCUUGUGCAGAAAGAGAGCACGUGCCCAAAGAAGUGGUUGUGCAAUAGUGAGCAGGCUUUGGUCCACCACUGAUGUCUUCUUGCAGUCUUUCCUGGUGCUUCAGAAGGAGAGGACCCAAAAGUGAAGUCAAGUGGAAACAGCAAUGGAAAGACAGAAGGAAGGACCCCAUUUUGUGUUCUGUGGAGAAUGUGAUUUCUUGCUUGCUUACCAAUCUUUUAGCAAUUGUGCAUUUGCUUUAUGUAUUUCAGAAAUCCAGCAUUAGUCAGGUUGUUAGACUGGAGAAACUAAAAUACAGAAUCGUGUGUAAAACCUGUUUAAUUUUGGUGAUACUGCAGCCCUCAGUCCUUUAGGUGCUGUGGGACAUUUUGGGAGUGACAUGUCACCACAAGCAUUCCCUGGAGUAGUUGACAGUACAGAGAAAUACAGAAACCUGAGAAAAAGGAUUCUUUUGGGGAAAAAAAAAAAAAAAAAAAAGGGCUUUGAAAGUCAUCUAAUAAAAGGUAAAAUGGUUUAAACCUUGCUUAUGGAUUGGUGAUCCACAUCGGGUUCUGUGUGGUUCCAUAGCACAAUCUUGUGGGCCUGUUCCAGGAAUCUGAAGAAGGAAAACUAACAGCAGACUAUCUUCCACUGGGUUAUUAGCCAGAUUCAGGAGUUUUUCAUAAGUUUAUUUUUCGAAGUCCCACUGUGCCUUUGAAUAAGGACAGGCACAUUUUCAUAUACUUGAUUGGCUAAAGAAUGUAUUUUGCUCAUGCAAAGCUCUGUGUAGCUGCAAAUGGAAGGAUUGAGGAAAGAUUAUCCUGGUUUAAAAAGCCACAAAAAUGCCUCUUUGUUUGCACGUGUGCUUGUGUACCCAUGCAUAUACAGAGUUGUGUAUAAAGAGUACAUGUAUAAUGUAUUUAUAGGCGAGUGUGUGGGGGAAAAUGGGUGAAUAUACAGAUUUAAAAACCUUGAAAAUGUUUAUGAAAAAUGCCAAAGAUUCUAAAGCUUAUCAUCUCGCAUCUGUUCUUCUUCAUUUUGUAUCUUUCCCGGCAUGUCUCUCUGGCUGAGCCAGAUCUCUGCAUGAUUUGAUUUACUUCAACUUAAUGAAGCUGGUUGGAAAGAGCCUUGUAGAAAUUACAAAAUCUCCAGUAAAUCUCCUUCUUGUACAUACAAUAGAUGUCCACGGAACCCUUUUGUUAAACCAGUUUCUCAAUCUUCUCUGUAAACAAUGCCUCAUUGUCUCGCUUGAAACUAUCAUCUGGUUUAUCAUACUGUAAUCUUGUCAUUUUGUAAGGACCAAAGUCAGGCAUAAUUUAAGGAGGCGUGUGGGAUCUGAUCGUUGAUUUGAGUGAAAACAUUCAACUGCAGGAAAAAUUGUUUAUUUAUUCAGAAAUAUGGAUUGAUACUUUAGUAGUUUGGGGGGUUUCUUUACGUUUUUCCACAUGGAACUGAUUUUUGUUCAGGAGA